UGGCGACAGCUCCGCCUCCUUCCCGGCGUGCCCCGCGGCCACACGUGACCCCGCACCCGGAAGUGUUGCCAUGGCGGCGGGCGCCCUCCGGGAGCUCGUGGCCGCGCUGGAGACGCACCGGGGCCGCGACCGGGCGGUCCGGGCGCUGUGUUACGGCUGCCAGCUGCUGGGGGCAGCGCUGCCCGGGCCCGCGGGGCUGCCCGGGGGGCUCCUGGCCGCCUCUGCCCAGCUCAGCUCCUGCCGCACCGCCCUGCGCCUCUUCGACGACCUGGCCAUGCUCCGCUACAGCUGCAGCUACGGGCUGGGCCCCGAGGGCGAGGACGCGCUGCUGCGGGGGCUCUCGGUGCUCUGCAACGUGGCCAACCAGCUCUACUACCCCUGCGAGCACCUGGCGUGGGCCGCGGAUGUCGGCAUCGUCCGCGCCGGCUCCCAGAAGUGGUGGACGCGGAGCACGGCGCUGUGGGGCUGUGCCCUGCUCCUGGGCAUCCUGCGAUCCUUGAGAAUCUUGUUCCAGUUAAGAAGAAAACUGAGCCAGCAGAAGUGCAGCACUUCUUCACCUCAGAGCCAGCAGAAGCUGAGAGCACAGGUGAAGGCUGAAGUUUUAAGCAUCCUCAUGAACACAGCAGAUCUCUCCAAUGCAAUCCACUGGCUGCCUCCAGGAUUCCUCUGGGCAGGAAGGUUCCCUCCAUGGCUGGUAGGACUCCUGGGGACCAUCUCCUCCCUGAUUGGAAUCUACCAGGCAUCAAGAGGAGCAAAUUCUGAAUCUGCUUAAGCCAUAACUGAGCUUCACAAGCCCAGUUUUCACAUGGUAAAAGUGCCUUUAGUGAGGCAGGGUGUAUUUUAAGAUAUCCCAUAAUUGGGACUGGAAUCCAGAUGCCUGUUGCAGAAGGGAUUGUUUGCAGCUGACAAUUUUUAUCACUCUUCAUCAGAGAAAUAAUUCUGAAAAUCAAGAAUCUCCUACAAUGGGUAAAUCUGAGGGGAAGAGAGCUGCUUCCAUCUGUCCCAAAAGAUAAAUGCAACCUCCCAGGUUUUCUGCUACUUAAAAGAGCACAAUGGCCACGGUUCUGUCACAGAGAACUGGUCAGGGAUGAAUCCUGAGCGUUCACACUCUGGGCUCGGUGCUUGGUGCUGCCUCUGAGCCAGGGAUGGGAUCCCUGUCCUGGGAGUUCUCCGGGUAUUUUGGGCUUUGGGCUCAGAGCUCAGACAGAGCAGGGGUGUUGUUUGUGACAAUUGUGUUUCUGUAGAGGCGAGGGGGGCAGGAAAUUGCCACUGGAAGCAGCGUGAACCUUCCUAGCCUGCCUUGCCCGUUUAAGGAGAAAUGUUGGAAGUCGAGACUUCCCGCAGAGCUGAGGCUCCAGCUGUGCCUUUGUGGAAUGCCACCGGGUGGAGCUCUUCCACCAGGCUGCGGCAGCUGACAGUGGACUUUUUUUUUAAUUUAAAAAAAUAAAAAUAGCAGGAAAUUUAUUAAUCACCUUUCAAAGGAGCAAUCAAACCAAUGGGGUUUGCAGUUACAGUUCUGGGCGUUGCCAAUAAUAAACGACACAAAUGCUUCAAAGGUGGCCUUGAGUGAUCAUUCCUCCUGAUACCAGGGAGAAGUUUUUUAUAUUCGGUUCUGGAAAGCUCCAAAGCAUUAGUGCUGUGUGAGCUGCAGCUCCACUUGUGGCACCAGCCUUCCUCUUGCUGAAAUAAUUCCCAGCCCCUGCCUGACUGCAGGGAAAUGCAUCCUUUGCAAACAGUUCAGCUCAGAGUGUGUCCCUGCCCCCAGCUCGGCACAUGCUGCACUUCAGGAGGUUUGACCUUGGCUCGUGUUGUUGUUUCUGGCCUGGACACGGGGAAACACUGGUCUUGCCUGUGUUCAAAGAGCAGAGUAAGGCCUGGAUACUCUAUCCUUUGUCCUGUCCUUGGUGUUUAUCUGGACCUUCACCCCCAGUGUCCCUGAGGAUGCCUUCCUGGCUGUGCUGGGGAUUUGCUGCCAGACUGACAGGUUUUGGUACAACUCAAGGCUUACCUGGAGGAGACUCUUGUUAUUUCUCUCCUUUUCUCAGUCCUGUGCCUGAACAGGGAGAGCACCCAAGUCCUUCUGCUUGGGGACAGCUCUGGCUGUUGCCUGAUCCUGUCACCCACUUGUGCUGGCUCCUGCUGCAGUUUAGUGGUUUUUAAUAAUAAAUCAGAUUUAUUUUGUAUUCUUAACCCCAUUGAAUCAUUCCUCCAAGACUCGCUGUAGUGCUCAGCACAGAACAAGGUGUAACUGCAAAAAACAAAAGAAAAACAAAACAAGAAAUGCCACGUAACCCCUGAUGCCAAAUUAAUAAACCUCUUAACAUUAAUUUUAAUGUAUUAUGCAUUAAUUUUAAUGGAGAGAAAGGAUGUUCUAGGUGUAUUUGCUUCAUCAGUUCCUCAACAAUUGACCUUAAUUUGCAGCAGGUAAAGCUGGAACAUGCAGAGAUAAUUCCAGAUUGGGUAAUUCAGAAUUGCUGGAAUUUGUAUUUUUUUCUUGAGGAGGUUUUGAUCCCUGCUGACACACAGUGUUUAAACACCUGGGGUGGCUGCUGCUGCCUCUCCAGGGCAGCACUUGCUCAUUUUUAGCACAAGACCUUGUGCAGGCAGACUAAAUCCUCUCAGAACUUGGCGUUUUCUUCUCUUUUCUGAUGUGACCAUCAGCCCAACUCGUCUCUUGCUCCUGACACGGGGUGAUGGUUCCUUCCCUUGGCGAGGCAAGCACCCUGCCCUGGUGCUGGCGGUGCAGCUGAUGGGCCGGGCUCCACAUCUCUCAGGUGGGCUCCAUGCGGGAGAACAUUUGCUGAGCAGGGCUGGUUUGUUCGGCCGCGACCUGCCUGUGUCAGCAGAGCGGGAUCCAAAGGCCGCGGGCAGGCGCUGCUGAUCCCAGCGCGGCUGCCCCGUUUAUGGCCCUUUAUGGCCGGGUGACUCGCUCCGCAAAGCUCCGCCGCGCUCGGGAGCCUCAGGUCCGCCGUCCCGGCCCCAUGGCGCGGCUGGCCGCGAUGUUCGGGCCGGGGGACACCGGGGGUCACCGGGAGACACCGGGGGUCACCGGGGGUCACCGCACACGUGGGGAGGGGACACGGCCACGCUGCCCGCGGGCAGGGCGGGGCCAGCGG